GGCCUGGGGUUGCCGGAAGAAGUGGCGAAGUUACUUUUCGCGGGGCGAUCCUGGGGGGGCGGCUUGGAGGCGGCGGCCGCGGGCAGUGGACGGAGGCCCGAGGGGGUGAGGGAGACGAGAGACGCCUCGGGGGCAGCCGCGGACAGGAGCCUCCCCGCCCAGAGCCCGAGCUGUGGCGUGCGCAGCCAUGAGCCGGGCUCGCCUGCGGUGACCCACCAUGGCUUCCCCUGGGAUCAUCGGCACCCCUGCGGCCCCGGCCCCCGCCCCGGGUGAGUCCCUUGGUCCCUGAAGCCGGAGAGUCCAGAGAGCUCCCCUCGGACGCUCAGGGGCAGAGGCCCCGGCACAGUCCCAGAUGGAGGGGCCUUGGGGUGACUGAGUGGGGGCCCCCUUACUUCGCAGAUGUGGAUCUGAAGCCAUAGAUGGCAAGUGACUCUCAGCCCAAGGUCACACAGAGAGAUGAUGACAGCGGGGCCUCAAAGUUCAUAAAGGAAGAGGGGCCUGAGCCCGGGAUGACUGGGACCAGCCCCCCCAGCACUGAGCCCGAUGGCUCUAUCCCUGCCGUCCCGGCGGGGGAGGGCUCUGCCUGCGGCAUAGUGGAGGAGCCGGAGCCCGAGCGGAAGCGCAAGAAGGGCCCGGCCCCCAAGAUGCUGGGCCACGAGCUGUGUCGCGUGUGCGGGGACAAGGCGUCGGGCUUCCACUACAACGUGCUGAGCUGCGAGGGCUGCAAAGGCUUCUUCCGGCGCAGUGUGGUGCGUGGCGGUGCCCGGCGCUAUGCCUGCCGCGGGGGCGGGGCCUGCCACAUGGAUGCCUUCAUGCGCCGCAAGUGCCAGGAGUGCCGCCUGCGCAAGUGCCGCGAGGCGGGCAUGCGGGAGCAGUGCGUCCUGUCCGAGGAGCAGAUCCGCAAGAAGAGGAUCCAGAAGCACCAGCACUCGGGGCCGGCGCCGGUCUCGGGGGCCUCGGCCGCUCCCGGGGCUCCUGUCCCUGGGCCAGCGGGCUCCCCGGCUGCCUCCUCCGAGGCCACGGGGCCGGGCUCCGCCGACGGUAGCGGCAUCCAGCUCACGCCCGACCAGAAGCUCAUGAUCCAGCAGCUUGUGUCGGCCCAGCUGCAGUGUAACAAGCGCUCCUUCUCUGACCAGCCCAAGGUCACGCCCUGGCCACUGGGGGCCGACCCCCAGUCGAGGGACGCGAGGCAGCAGCGAUUCGCCCACUUCACGGAGCUGGCCAUCAUCUCUGUGCAAGAGAUCGUGGACUUUGCCAAGCAGGUGCCGGGUUUCCUGCAGCUGGGGCGCGAGGACCAGAUCGCACUGCUCAAAGCCUCCACCAUCGAGAUCAUGUUGCUGGAGACAGCGCGGCGGUACAACCAUGAGACAGAAUGCAUCACGUUCCUGAAGGAUUUUACCUACAGCAAGGAUGACUUUCACCGAGCGGGCCUGCAGGUAGAGUUCAUCAACCCCAUCUUCGAGUUCUCGAGGGCCAUGCGGCGGCUGGGUCUGGACGACGCGGAGUAUGCGUUGCUCAUCGCCAUCAACAUCUUCUCUGCCGACCGGCCCAACGUGCAGGAGCCCAGCCGGGUGGAGGCGCUGCAGCAGCCCUACGUGGAGGCUCUGCUCUCCUAUACCCGCAUCAAGAUGCCACAGGACCAGCUGCGGUUCCCGCGGAUGCUGAUGAAGCUGGUGAGCCUGAGGACACUGAGCUCCGUGCACUCUGAGCAGGUGUUUGCCCUGCGCCUCCAAGACAAGAAACUCCCCCCGCUGCUGUCUGAGAUCUGGGAUGUCCACGAGUGACCGGGGAGUGGCUCCCACUGGCCCAUCCCCAGCGCUGCCCCCGCUCCUCGGGCCCUGUCUGGCGGAGGCCCGGGGCAGCCCCGAGAGCUCGGCCCGGUUCCUGCGGGCCGGUGCAGGCUUGGGGCUCCGGCCACAGGGCCCACGGCGAGCUCCUGAGUAGGGACCUCGGUCACCAGGUGGUCCGAGGCCCUGCUCCUGAUGUUGUCUUCCUGGGGGAGGGGUGGGUGGGUCGUUGACCCUUGACCUUUGACCCCGGCACUUACCUUUCCUGUCCUCCCCUGCUUACACAGCGCAAUGCACCUUGAAGGGAAGGGGGUGACCUGACUCUGCCUAGAGUCAAGGGGGGCAGGGCCUUUGGGUCCUCUGUUUCCUGUGGUCCCAAGGGAGAUGAGAGGGCCCUUCCCCUCCGCUCCUUUUAUUUAAUAAGCAAGACAAAGUAAAAUCUUAAUAAAAAUGUCAAAGAGAA